CCUACCUGCCGGUACGCAUGUGCCUAGGUAUAAAGGAGCAGGUGGGACUUUAUAUGCGCCUGCUUUCCGCAAUAAUCUGCUCGGGUAUGUAUAUAGUUACACGGGGAUAUGCUUUGGAAGGACUUGCCUUGGUGGACUUAAGCAUAUGGAAAGUACCCGGUACCCAUCUAGCGCCAUAUCAAUAUUCCCAAAAUACAAGGGUCUAUUUUUCAACUUCAACCCUCUUCGAACCUCAAAUCCCUUCUCAUUCGAGUCCACUUAGGCAGGGGACAACAUGUGGCCAUUUCUCCCUACCCGCAACAGCAUUAUUUUAUUACACCAUUAAAUAACAACGAUGGAGCACAAUUUGACCUCGAAGAAAGGCGUUGCCUUACGCCGACUGGAGCGAAACAAACCAGUUCGUUUCAUAUCCAACGAGGUUAUUGACAUGAUCAUUCGACCUUAUCGACUUACAGUUACUAAAGUAACCGACGCAACACCUCCAAAGGAUUUCUUAAUGAACCGCAAGACGCUCUACAGUCUGUGUCUGACUGGCAGUUUCUUAAUUAAAUAUGCGAGGCCGCUUCUGUACGAAACAGUCAUCUUGUACUUGGAUGGCACAGAAGAUGAAUAUGAACGCGUCGGCAAUCCGCGGACCGUAGUACUGCUGAUUCGAACUUUGUUGGAAAACCCUGACUUCUGUCCGCUCAUCAAGAAUAUCAUCUGUCCCUCGGGGAUCACAAAGGACCCUUGGCCCAGUGGAUUUCACCGCUACAGAAUAGAAUCUCUUCACUGGCCUUUCGCUUACUUCGGUUACCCAGCUUAGGAGGAUAUCGAUCAGCGUCACCAGCUUUUAUUUCGGGUUGCGCGUCUUCAACCGCGUCGCGGUCCGGAGGCAAACGAUCAGCAUCCCGGGAAUUGGGAAGAAACCACAGAGCUA